ACUCCCUGACAACAGCAGCGAUGGCGGAGCCCGCAGCAUCGGAUGCGGCGGCAGAAACAGCAGCAUCCACGACCCCGGGUCUCUCUCCCGCAGCCAGCCCGGGCUCGGAGCCUCCAUCCAUGGCUCUGUCUCCCACCGCGGACGGCUCCCAGCGGCUGCUCUUCUCCCACGACCUGGUCUCCGGGCGGUAUCGCGGCUCAGUCCGGUUUGGCCUCGUACGGAUGAUCCACGGCGAGGAGGACUUUGACUCAGACUCGGACCUCGAUGAUGGCGGAGGGAGAGGCGGUGGUGGUGGCGGCGGAGGAGGAGGUGGCGGAGGAGGAGGAGGAGGACGAGUCCCGUGUGGUUCGGACACUGAGAGCGCUGUGGACACUCCGAGUCGGCCUCUCUGUAGGGGAUUUGUUCGCGUCCAGUGGUACCCUGAAGGAGGGAAGCAGGACAUCAGGGAGACAAAGCUGAAACUUGAAGAUCGAUCAAUCGUCAUUAGAGAUAUCGUGCGACGAAACAAUUCCAACGACAACCAGUGUGGUAUCGUGACCAACAUUGACAUCGAGUGUGCAGUGAAACUAGUGGGAACAAACUGCGUUCUGUAUCCAGUUAACAGCAAAGACCUGCAGCACAUCUGGUCUUUUAUGUAUGGUGACUACAUCGCCUACGACUUCUGGCUGGGGAAAGUGUACGACCUGACUAAUCACAUCAUCCUCAAGCUCUCCAACGGAGCCAGGUGCUCCAUGAGUGUGGAGGACGGUGCCAAGCUUUACGACGUCUGUCCACAUGUCAGUGACUCGGGUCUCUUCUUCGACGAGGCGUAUGGUUUCUACCCGGGCCAGGUCCUGAUUGGUCCGGCCAAAGUCUUCUCUAAUGUACAGUGGCUGUCAGGAGUCAAACCUGUCCUCAGCAGGAAGUGCAAGUUCAGGGUGGUGGUUGAAGAGGUGAAAGUGGUCGAACUGAAGGUGACGUGGAUCACAAAGAGCUACUCUCCCAAAGGUUCGGACAGCGUCUAUCCUCCUCCCUCCACCAUCACACAGGAAAAUCUUUGCAGGGUGAAGCGCCUAGGAUACUACGACCACACCCAGAGGCAGCUGGGAGAGAGGGCCCUGUAUGUUUUCCCCGCUAAGGGGGACGCCACGCGCAUCACCUGUGAAGGACCCGAGGGUGUCCCUGUCCUGCCCGAAGACCCUGUGGCCAGAAAUUUGAAAAGGAUGUUCAAGAAGGAAUUGAGGAAGAAGACAGAAAACGCCGACGCACAAGGGGAGCAUAAAUCAGAGCAGACAGACUCCUCUCAUCCCAACAACAACAACGGGCCCGUGGUUCCCAUCCAGAACCCUCCGGACUCCCAGAACACCAACGACACCUCGGCUGAACACGGGGAGCAGGACGCUGACGACGAGGCUGCAGAGGACACUGACGACACCAGCUCUCUGACGUCAUCGGCCAGCUCCACAGCCUCCUCUCAGAGCGGCGGCCUGGGAACCAACCGUAAGAAGAGCAUCCCGCUCUCCAUCCGUAACCUGAAGAGGAAGCACAAGAAGAAGAGGACCAAGUUUUCCCGCGAGUUCAAGCCUGGAGACCGGGUUGCAGUGGAAGUUGUAUCCACAAAGACGACAGCUGAUGUGAUGUGGAAGGACGGGCGGGUGGAAAAAGGGAUCAGAUCGAAUGACCUCAUCCCCAUCCAGCACCUCGACAGCCACGAGUUUUGUCCCGGGGACUUCGUAGUGGACAAGAGACCCCAAGCCCUCCAGGACCCGGGGGUGUACGGUGUGAUCCAGUCUGGUGAUCACAAGGGCAGAACAUGUGUCGUCAAGUGGAUCAAACUCAACUCCAGCAGCGACGAUGUUGAGGUUUUCGGUAUGGAGGAGGAUGUCAGCGUGUAUGACAUCGCAGAUCACCCAGAUUUCCACUUCCGCACCACUGACAUCGUCAUCAGAAUAUGGAACUCUGAGAACGGACACGACUGCGAAAAUGAGACGUCUGUCGGCCAGGUGUCCAGGGUGGAUGUGAGCAGCAAAGUGGAGGUGGUGUGGGCGGAUAACUCCAUGACCAUCGUCCUGCCACAGCACCUGUACAAUGUGGAGUCUGAGAUUGAGGAGACAGACUAUGACUCCGUGGAGGAGACCAGCAGUGUCCUGUCCACUGAGGAGUGGGAGGACGAGAGCGACAGCUGGGAGACAGAUAACGGCCUCACCACGGAGGACGACAGCCAUGUCAACAAUGCAGAUGCCACCGACACGGCGACCCCGACCCCCACGCCGACCAGCUCCGCAACGUUCAUCAUCCCCCCUCACGAGGGCAGCAAAGCCGGGGUCACCAGCCCGACGAAAGGAGCCCCCGGAGAGGAGGGAGAGGCGUCUGCAGCUGCUGCCAGUCCUGCUUCUGGAGGAGGAACGACUCCAGGAGCCGUCAACGGAGCCGAGAAGCCCAGUAAGGACGGUGCUUCUCGGGGCUUCAGGGAGUUAAAAGAGGCCCUGAAGAUCCUGGAGAGCCUGAAGAACAUGACUGUGGAGCAGCUCUGGACUGGCGGAUCUCCAACAUCCCCGACCUCUGCUGAACCCGCGUCUGCAACUAAUGUAGCAAGUUCGGUGACGCCCACUGCCCCGGAGAAGCCGACCAAGGAGAAGCGCUUCCUGGACGACAUCAAGAAGCUGCAGGAGAACCUGAGGAAGACGCUGGACAACGUGGCCAUCGUGGAGGAGGAGAAGAUGGAGGCUGUGGUGGAGGCAGGAGGGAGUGCAGGAGCAGGGACAGAGGUAGAGAGAGUUGGAGAGGAGAAGCCCCAGCAGGAGCCGCAGACUCCGGUGGGUGGAUGGCCCAGCGAAUGGUCCAGCGAGUUUCUCAGUGACACGCCGGUGCUGUGCCAACAGAGCGGGGGCAAACCUGGCGUCACCUUCACCAGCGCCAAGGGAGAGGUGUUCUCUGUGCUGGAGUGGGCACCAGACACACACUCAUUUAAUAAAAUGGAGUUUCAGCCAGCCGAGGCAAAGAAGUUCUUCAGCACAGUGAGGAAGGAAAUGGCUCUCCUUGCAACGUCACUGCCGGACGGCAUCAUGGUCAAAACAUUCGAAGAUCGCAUGGACCUGUUCUCAGCUCUGAUCAAGGGGCCGACUCGCACGCCCUACGAAGAUGGUCUGUUCCUGUUUGAUAUCCAGCUGCCAAACAUCUACCCAGCUGUGCCGCCUCUGUUUCGCUACCUGUCGCAGUGCAGCGGCCGCCUCAAUCCAAACCUCUACGACAACGGCAAGGUCUGCGUGAGCCUGCUGGGCACCUGGAUCGGCAAGGGCACUGAGAGAUGGACCAGCAAGUCCAGUCUGCUGCAAGUCCUCAUCUCCAUACAAGGCCUUAUCCUCGUCAAUGAGCCUUACUAUAACGAGGCAGGCUUCGACAGUGACCGAGGCCUACAGGAAGGAUACGAGAACAGCCGCUGCUACAAUGAGAUGGCUCUGAUCAAGAUGGUCCAGUCUAUGACGCAGCUCCUCCAGAACCCUGUCGAGGUCUUCAAACAGGAGAUCCAGGAGCACUUCGUCUCGAACGGCUGGCGGCUUGUCUACCGUCUGGAGGCGUGGCUUGAGCUGAACGACGGAGCUGAGAGGGGUCAGGCAGCACACAGGGCUCACCACUCAAAAGACCGACCUUCAUCUGUGGAACCUCUGGACGAGCAGGGGCCUGUGGCGGUGGCUCACAGCAGCCCCAGCAAGUCUGGGGAGGAGGGGGUGACAGGAGCAGGAGUUAGCAGUAUUAUGGAGGAGGAGCUGGAGGAUUCAGGGCUGAGUCCCUCCACGACAGCGGCCUCUCAGCAGGAGCUGAGCCAGAACUCAGACUGCGACAGCACCCAGGGGAGCACCUCUCUGGGUGGUGAGAACAGGGGCGGCUCCACGGUCUCUGUAGUCCGCAGCGGGACGUCAGAAUCAGGUGCAGCCACAGUUGGCGGGGGAGGAGCGGGCGUUGGCUCCACAGGAAGCCAGCCAGUGGUGCGACCAAAGAAACGGAGAAAGAGCUACCGGAGUUUCCUCCCAGAGGGCAGCGGCUACCCGGACAUCGGCUUCCCACUCUUCCCGCUCUCUAAGGGGUUUGUGAAGAGCGUUCGUGGUGUGCUGCUGCAGUACAGAGCUGCGCUGGCCGCCGCUGCCAUCACUGAGCACAUAGAGGACAAUGUCUCUACAGAUGAGUGUGAUGAAUAAAGAGGGGGUGGACCUCACAUGCGCUCGCCCGUUUGCACAAACCUAUGGGAGCAACCCCGUCACACAGGAACCCUCAUCAUGGACGCAGGUAAACACGCGGAGCUUUUACUGCAGGCUGUCAGAGCAGGACUUCAGUGGAGGUCGUCUGGAUGCAAGAAAAGGACUGACUGAGAUGAAAAAUCAGUGCCAUGAACCCUCCUCCACCUGCAGCAUCCAACGUACGGGUGGGGAUUUGUUGGAUAAACCACUCCGCCGUCUCAAUCAGCCUGAAAAAUGUAAAACAGACUUGUGAUCGUCGCUGCGUUUUUGCGUACGAGUUCAUGGCUGAAGAAACUCCAAAGCCUGGCUCUCCUGGUCGCUGGGCCUGACUGCGGCUAUCUGUAGCACUACUGAUGAUAUUAUCGUUGUACCAUCCUGCACUACUACAAACGAAUGGACAAUCUGGUCUGGGAGACGUGACGCCGUAUAAAUACACCGACCAGGAGGAUUCUUUUUAAAUCACUGGUUGUCUGCUUUCUGCCAAAUUCUCUUCACAAACACACACACACACACACACACACACACACAGAAUAUUCAAGUACUGAAUGUCAGUUAAACUGCCAACCACAAAAGCUUCACCACUUCUUCCACUUUACUGUACUUGCUGGUAUUUUCCUUCGCCAAUCACUCGCACUGAAACAUGCAGCAAACACCGAGUGACAAAGUUUACAUAGGAAUCACCUCUGGAAGGUUAGACUGCUGUAGCUGUUUGGUGCGUAGAGAAGCCAGCCAGGCACAUGACGACAGUUAAAUGAAAGUGUGUGUGUGUGUGUGUGUGUGUGUGUGUGUGCUCUAGUCAAAGCUUAACACAGCUGCAGCCUCUACAUACAAAAGUUCCAUUCACUUUCUGUAGAAUUUAGCAAAAGUUGUUCGAUCACCAAAAUGGAACUCGUGCUUUUGGUGUUUUGAUGCAUUUUAAGUCGUAUUACUCACGGAGGCUGAAGUGUAGGUUUUCAGAGCGGUGGAGCUUUACCCACAAUGCUCCACGGAGGUAAAGCCACAUUACAUGCAAAUGACACAAUUUAAAGAAUAAAUAGAAGAGAGAAAAACAUCCAUUCCUUCAUCUCAUGUCAACAUGUUGCCUUACUUGAAUUGUUCUUAAUAAUCUCAGAUCAUUGUGUACAGAGCUGCUUGUAUCAUGCUUUAGACAUUAACCUAUACAGGCCUAGACGCACACUAAAAACCACUAAAACCCCGUUCCAGUGUUUUCCUGCUUAAUAGUGCAGAUCUCUGAUCAGUUUAUCAGUUCUUUAAACAUUCUCACACUGCGGCCAUCGCUGUAUUCUGAUUUCUCCUCUCCAAAUUGCACGUACAGUUUAUUAAUAUCCAAAUACAAACUACAGUUAGUGUGAUGCUGGAGGUUUAAUAUUGGCUUCUUUACCUUUUUUUGCUUGAUUGUUUGUUAUUCCGUAUCUUCUCCGACUUGAAUCUUAUCCCAUGAAGACGACUUCUGACCCCACUGACAAGAAAUUUGCACAAAUUUCAGCAUGCAAGCAAAAUGUAAGGUGAUAGGUUGGAUUUUUUUAGUGGCAUUGUAUGAGGUUCUUAUCAAAAGGCAGUGUAUUACCUACCUACGACUAACUAUGGCUAAUAACCCCAUACAACCCCACUUUGAAAAAAUCCGAACUAUCCCUUUGAACUACUAUCACUCGUCUGUAAUCUUCUUUUCUUUCUCUUCAUUGCCUAUAUUCAGUCUGGAUGAAAGAAAUCAGGAUUUUAUUCACAAACAAACAAGGUUUUAUUUGCCAUAGAGUGCACUGCAAUUAACUGUGAAACAAACUCACCUUUGGGUCCAAUCGUGCUUCCUGGGAAAAUCAGAGCAGUCUUUGUUUACAUCUUUUUUUUAAAUAACUGCACCCCACCCUUAACAUAAUGCUCUUUUUUAUUUCAAGGUGAUUCUCAUUGUAAUAAUUAUUAUUAUUAUGAUUAUAAUACAGGUCAGACAAACCCCUUGUGCUUGCUAUAUUCUGUGAAAUAAACAAGAGAGCUGGCUGCUCUGUAUUUUACUUGAAAAAAGAUGCUGAAGAGUGUUUCUGAAUGAGAGAGCACAUUGUGCCAUUGUGAGACUAUUAUGAGUGAUUGCUGGGAGAGGAUAAAACCAAGAGCCAAGAGUUGUUGCAUUUUUAAGAGAUUCAAGAAAAUAAAGCUCAUUAAUGAGGGUAUUUUGUUUGCUUUGUCUUCCAUCCACCCCACGACUCUUAAACCCGGCAUUCCUGCACCAGAUGUGCAGCAUUUUGGCCUCUUCCUUGUAUUUGACUUCAUUAUUUCGUUGCCUUUAAUGUCACAGAGGAGGAUUUGUUUUCUUCUUCACUGGCUGCUGUAGCAUGUAGCCUUUUUUGCCCCCCCACCCCCCUCCACUUGCUGCUGUUUGUAAAAUGUCACCUUCACAAUUCUUCGAGUGUUUUCAACAGUUACAGCUCAGUCUGUAAACAUAAAGAGUAUGGAUUACUGAGUUAGGAGGUGACAUUACUGCUCCAUCUUCCUCAUUUGUCAUCGGUCACAGAAACAGAAAAUGUGAAGCUAUCUCGCUAGAUCUCGAAGCAAAAAUCUGGCAGGAUAUGAAGCACAUGAUGUAUAAUUUUCUGUGUAUGUGUAUAUUAUUCAAAUUUAAACCAUUAUUAUUAUUAUUAUUAUUAUUAUUACUAUUGUAAUUACUGCGAGAAGUUUGUUUUACAGCCAAAGCAUGUAACAUGUUGCUUUAAGCCUUUUGAACGGGCUACACACAAGACUUGACUGUACGAUGUCUACAUUUCCACAGUGGCCUGUUAUUGAUAUAUUAAAAAAAAGAACUAAUAAAGUUAUGAUUUGUAGCCUGAUUCCCUCUGUACAGAUGUCAUGACUAUACUGAUAUAUAUAUAAAUACAUACAGUAUAUAUUUAACACAAACCUGAGUUCUAACAAGUCACGUGGAUGCUUGGGGCAUAUAUGUACAAAAUGCUGAGUGUGUAUUGUACUUAUGAUUUUUCAUUUUUUUAAUGGUUUACUUUUGUUGCGUUACAACAACUGUAUAGUGAUGUAUUAAACUUUGCAAGCAGUACCAUA